AUGAUGAACAGUGAAGCAGGAGCCUCUACCUGGUUUCUGGAUCCAACCUCUGUCAACAAACACGCAAAGUCGAGUGGUGUAGAGGGUGUUUUCUUCAAGGAUGACUUUGGAAAUCGUUGUGUUUGGGGCAAAGGUAUGUUUCCUCAGCAGAAUGAUUCCAUGGAGCCAUCAACUAAUUGUAUGCCAGUCAUUAAAGAUCACUCGAAGGAACAGACGGAGAAGAAUUAUCGCAAGAAACAUACUGAUUUCGAAUCACGGUUGAAGUUUAUGCCUUUGAAAAAACCACUCAGUCUCGCUCAGAUAGAUGAACCCCGAUCCUCAAGAUAUUGGGAAGCUCUUGGAUGUUUGAGUGGAAAGGGAUGCAGUUUGCCAGAGAAUGGCAGACACCGUCCGCAUCUAUUGAACUUGCCAUAUGGUACGUUGCAUAUUUUCUACAUUGUUUAAUAGAGCCCUUUACUCAUAUAAAUGUGCAGAAAUUCUAGAACAAAUCCUAAAGUGUAUUCUCAUUGCACCCGAAGGAGUAUCUAUCUUCCCCCACACUUUAACCACCAACUCGAAAAGUCACUCCGAGUUCUUUUCAUACACCGGCUUCUAUAGCAUUCGACAAUACCCCGAGGAGAAAUAUAUCGACAACGACAGCGAGCUUACCUGGGGCUCCCUUGACAUUUCUUCACCCUUGUACACUUGGAAGCAAAAAGAGGACAAGAAAGGGAAAUACUUCGAAAUGAGGAAGACCUAUCGUCCCAUAAUAGACGCUGGUAUUCUCCGGACUUGCAGGGAGUUAUACCGCAGGGGCUCGGAGAUGUUCUUCACGAAGAACAAAUUGAGUUUCUGGAUGCCCAACGCCUCUUCGAAAUGGAGUCCGCCUACACUACUUCCACAUGGGAAUAUAGUAUAUAGACCCAAUCCCAUUCUACCAUGGGAUUGCAGGAGAUGGGUCAAGAUUGACCAAGCCUUAGUACAAAUCCAACACCAAUGGCCGUUACCCAUGCUCGAGGGCUUCGUAUACUACGAUCCUUUCCUACGGUAUCUCCACACCAUUGGCCCCAUCCACGCCGCGAAGAUGAAGAACUUGGAAUUCGAGGGCGUCAUCAGACUCCAUCAGUGCGAGGAUAAGAAUUGCCAAGCUGAUGCGUGUCUGAUGCAAUGCUUGAAUGUGUACGUACAUUUCAUUGCGAAGUUCUGUAGGAGUAUUGAGAAAGUGGAGAUCCAUACUGUUCUGGAUCAGCAUUUUGAUGAACCCGUUGGAGAAUUUCUUCAUCCUUGGGGCCCGGGUACUAUUGAGGAGACUUUGGAUCAUGUUCUUGAGGCGUAUGUUCAGCGGAUUCCUACGUUGAAGGAGUUUGUAGUGUAUGAUUCGUUCGGGAAUAGGGUUAUUGAUUGGUCGUUGGAGCUUGAUGGGUUGAAGAGGUUCAUUGAGAAUGCCUCUGGAGGAACUAGGUGGAGGAGGGACGAGCCAGUGGCUGUAGCUGUCCAAGAUAACGUCCAGAAGUGUGGAUUCUGUAAGGAGGACCAUGCGACGGAGGAAUGUUUCAAUCUUUGUGCGUUUUGUGGCAGGUUUGGUCAUUGGAAGAGAACUUGUAUGGAGUAUUGGGAUUGUUGGAAGCGCGAUUGGCUUGAAGAGGACCCUGAGACGGAUAAUUGGCUGAAGACUUAUCCGGAUAGUGAUCGUUGGCCGUGGUAUUUUGGACAGUAG